AUGUUCGACACUUCAAGCUGGAAAUCAUCAGAAGCGUCAAGCUCACUUGGAGAUGAACGGGAACGUGCAAAGAUUCUGCAGAAGAUUAUAGAGGUUAAGGAUAAAUUGAAAGUGAUGAAUGAUGAACGAGAAGCCGAAGUUGUUAAAUUCCUUCAAAUCACAAAAACAUCGGAGAAGAACAAGGGAAUCACAGAAAACCCGCAACUCAUUAGAAUUAGAAAUAAUUUCGAAAGACGCAACAAGAAACAUACAAAUGAGACAGAACAUCUUCAGGUGAGCAAAAAUUAUAAUUUUUUUGUUGAAAUAAUAUUUAUUACCUGGAAAAUAUUUUAGCGUAAGUUAGCGGAAUAUGAGGAACGUUUGAAAUUGAUUGAUAAUGGACAAUAUGAAGUGAAUGUUAGUAAAUCGGCUGUUAUCACAAAUGGAAUUAAGAAAGCGAGUGCAAAUGUGAAAGGAAUGACAGAAUCAGUUAUAACUGCACCAUUGGAAUUGGCACAACGUUUGAAAUCUGCAUUUGGAUCAGCGGAUAAUAUUAGUCUUUCAAGAGAUGGAACUGGUAAGUUCAUUGA